AUGACUACUUGCUAUUGUGGCCUAAUCAUCCUUGCCAUUGUUUGCAUUGUGGCCCUUUUCUUGAAUUACACAAUACUUCCCAUGUUGGACAAUGAAUUCAAGUGGAUUAGAAGAGAAUCAAGAUUAUUGAAAGCUUUUGUAAAAGAUGUAGUACAACUUCUGCAUUUAGAGGUUCAGAUUGAUAGCGAACAGAGAACAGAUUAUGCAAAUAGAUUGCCUCCAGAUGUGUAUUCUUGGAUACAAAACUUGAUGCUCCGGAAGGACAUUCAGUGGAUCAAUGCUGGCUUUUCUGGUCUUUACCAAGGAAAGGAGACAUACGGUUUCAAAUUUAUCAGAAGACGACAGCAGAGUCUCCAAUCUCAGAAUAACCCUGUCCCCAUAGAUGACACGAUAUCUGCUGUAAACAAGAUCCAACGUCAUCUCAAUCAGGAACAAGAUAUACUUAUAGACGUAUAUCUUGAAGUCAAGGCAUUAUUGAACCAGUUGAAGGACUUAUGUAAACUUUUUGAAGAUCCAAAAGCAACUGAAGGUGUAAAUUAUUCAAGAAUGGCUUGCUUGGAAAAAAUGAGAUGCAUCUCUCUUGAUGCAGAGGAUUCCAUAACUAUAUAUAUAAAUUCAGCCAAAGGCAGGGAGAAUCAUCUAGACAACACAGGACAUGGGUCAAAGCUCUGCAUGGAAAUCAAGCGAAUCAAACAUACUAUCAAUCUUCAGAAUAGAAGUACCAAGGUAUACCACAUUGAACUAAGACAAAAGUCUAGAUCAAGCAUCGGCUUUGAAGAAGACACACAUGAAUUAGUCUCACGACUAACCAACAAUGAGGACAUCUCUGUUGAUUCCAUUGUAGGGAUGCAGGGCAUAGAGUCCAAUGAUGUCAACACACUUCUAGAAGAUGUGGGAAUCCAGGUCCUAAAGAUUAGUGAAUUACAGGAGGAACCAGAUGGAAAGGAUUUCUGGAUCAACAAAAUGAACAAGUUCUUGAAGGAAAGAAAGUUCCUUCUUGUUCUGGACAUCUUGACAAAGGAAGCCUGGGAUACUCUAAAAGAAGCAUUCCCGAAAACCACAAAUGGAAGUAAAAUUUUGCUGACCACACACAGCAGGACUGUAGCUUCACAUGCUAAUCAAGAUAACACACCCUACCAACUUCAACUUCGAACCAAAGAAGAGAGCUGGCGGUUGUUUAUCCAGAGGGCACAGGUUCCACCUGAUAAUCUGUCACCGUCACACACAGAAGCACUAAAGGAAGUAGUGGAAAGAUGUGGGGGCUUACCCCAAGCCAUUGAAUAUCUUGUGGAUAAAUUUUCAGGAAAAGAUGUGACUGCUCUGGAUUUGAGAAGGGUGCCUAUCAAUGAUCAUUUCCAAAACGGAUGGUCCAAAACCUUGGAGAAUGAAGAUUUGAGUGAAGAUUUGAAGAAAUGUUUUUCUUACUUCAGACUCUUUCCUUGCAACUUUGAAAUUCCUACAAGGAGACUAAUUGCUUUGUGGGUUGCACAAGGGUUGGUGAAACAAAGUGAUGUUGAGAAAGAAACUCUAGAAGAUGUUGCAGAGAAGUAUUUAUCUGAAUUGAUUGGCCUGAACAUGAUUCAAGUAGUACAAAAAAAGAUUAAUGGGAAAGUAAAGACAUGUCGCUUGCCAAAUGCUUUGCUAGAGCUCUGCCUGUCCAAAUGUUUGAGUUCAGAUCGGCAACUUGCUGAUCAUUUUAACAAAAAUGACGCCAGUUUUGCUCAUAUUCAUGGUAAAAACACAACAUCGGCUGAUCUGCAAGGUUAUAAAAGGCAUGUUUCCUUCCUGUCCUUUGACACACGGGAGGGAACUAAGCCUGGAGAAGACAUCGAGAACUUCCUUCGCAAGGCCAUUUCAAGUGGAUGCUUCAAAGUUUUAAAGGUUCUUGAUCUUGAACGUGUAUUCAGACCGCAACUACCCAAUGCCAUAGGAAACUUGAUUGAACUGAAGUAUCUUGGCUUAAGGUGGACUUACCUCGAGAUGAUCCCAUCAUCCAUAGUUAACUUGCGGAAGCUUCAAACUCUAGAUGUGAAGGAUACUUAUCUCCACACUCUCCCUUCUUCAAUAUGGAAACUGAAAGAACUUCGUCAUCUGAAGGAUGGGCUGGAGAAGUGGACAAACCUUCGGAAAUUGGGACUGGCACUUCAAUUACCAUCACAACAGCAAAGGGCAUUGGCAAAGUGUGUAGUGAAACUGAACAACCUUGAAUGUUUGAGUUUGAGAUCUAUUGAUGAAAUGAGCAAACCUCAGGUUCUAUACUUGGAGUCUUUGUCAGGUAUGGAAAAUCUCACCAGCCUCUAUCUAUUUGGAAAGCUAGAGAUUCCAUCCAUCAUAUCUGAGUUUCCACAAAGUCUCUCAGACCUUACCUUGUCUGCCUCUGGGCUUAAGAAUGACCCGAUGCCAGCUUUAGAUAAACUCCCCAAUCUCAAAUCACUCUGUUUCUACUCUGGUUCUUAUGAAAGAAGAGAGAUGGUCUGCUCCCGAGGGAGAUUUACCAAGCUUCUAGUUCUGAAACUUUGGAAACUAGAGAUGAUAGAAGAGCUGCAGGUGGAGGAAGGAGCAAUGCAAAAUUUGAGGGAGUUGGAUAUCAGGUCUUGCAAGGAGUUGAAGUUUCCCACUGGGUUAAAGCACCUAAAGAAUUUACGUGAAUUGAAUUCAUGGGGUAUGCCCGAGGAAUUCACAACAAGAAUCGAGGAAAUAAGGGGCAAAUUUGGGAUGUCAUUGCCCAUUUCCUACCAUUACUGA